CACCUGGCCCGAGGAUGCUGUACCACCCCGGGCAUGCCGGGGGUUCAGUUCAGGAAGGAUUUGGAUUGGAAUACUUAAGUGUUAAUUCAACCAGUCAGUGCACGAAUAUUGACUUCGGACUUCACCAUGUUGCCCACCGGACACAGUUGCCUCGUCGUCAUCAUAGUUCAGUGCCUGACUGUGCUACCGUUCGUCUCGCCAGCAAAAGUGACCUUUCCUGAGGCGGGGCGCAGCACUCCUGCUGCAGCCGCCCCGGAAUCCCGCCUCUUGGCUGAUGCAGCCGGAGGGUUCGGCCUCUCAGGUGGUGCACCUUUACAAAGGCCAGGGCAGUCAAGAAAUUUGGGCAUCGAGGGCGUUCUAGGCCCAGCCUUUGGGUUCGGUCCCGCGCGAAGGCGACCCGACUGCCCGCUCUGCGACCCCUCUGUGUACAGCUACUGUGGGGACCGACUGCUGCACGACGCGUGUUGCUGCCUCCGGGAUAAUCAACCCCUACCACCUCAGUGCGAGCUGGCGGACUGCUCUUUCCUUCACGCUAAGUCAUGUUACGAGCACGGGCUUAUAACACGCUGCUGCUGCGUUAACCGGCUUGUCUGACAAUACGACAUCCAAAUUUUCAAUGUACAUAGAUAAAGAACCUAUUUAUAUUAUAAUAAAACACAAACCACA